GACAGUGGGCAAGGACCUGACGGAAGGAGUCGAGGGAGGCUUCAGAACAGCCCAAGUAGCCAGAUGGCUGGAGGCGUGGAGAGCUAUAAGUGGCGGGGCCGGGGCCUCUGCCUGGGUCUCCAGCCAUGGUCCUCGCAGGGCUGCUGCUGCUGCUCACCCUGCUAGCCGGCGCUCACCUGCUGUGGGGCCGGUGGAAGCUCAGAAACCUCCACCUCCCACCUCUGGUCCCCGGCUUCCUGCACCUGCUGCAGCCCAACCUCCCCAUCCAUCUGCUGAGCCUGACUCAGAAACUCGGGCCUGUCUACAGGCUUCGCCUUGGGCUGCAAGAGGUUGUGGUGCUGAACUCCAAGAGGACCAUCGAGGAGGCUAUGAUCAGGAAGUGGGUGGAUUUUGCCGGCAGACCCCAGAUACCAUCCUACAAGCUGGUGUCUCAGCGCUGCCAGGACAUCUCUCUGGGGGACUAUUCUCUGCUCUGGAAGGCUCACAAGAAACUCACUCGCUCAGCCUUGCUGCUGGGUAUCCGCAGCUCCAUGGAGCCCUGGGUGGAGCAGCUGACCCAGGAGUUCUGCGAGCGCAUGAGAGUCCAAGCUGGUGCCCCCGUGACCAUCCAGAAGGAAUUCUCUCUCCUCACCUGCAGCAUCAUCUGUUACCUCACUUUUGGAGAUAAGGAGGACACCUUAGUACAUGCCUUUCACGACUGUGUUCAGGACUUGAUGAAGACCUGGGACCACUGGUCCAUCCAGAUUUUGGACCUGGUUCCUUUUCUCAGGUUCUUCCCCAACCCUGGGCUCUGGAGGCUGAAACAGGCCAUAGAGAACAGGGACCACAUGGUGGAGAAGCAGCUGAGGCGCCACAAGGAGAGCAUGGUGGCUGGCCAGUGGAGGGAUAUGAUGGACUACAUGCUCCAGGGGGUAGGGAGGCAAAGAGUAGAAGAGGGCCCGGGACAGCUCCUGGAAGGACACGUGCACAUGUCUGUGGUGGACCUUUUCAUCGGGGGCACUGAAACCACGGCGAGCACCCUCUCCUGGGCUGUGGCGUUCCUGCUUCACCACCCUGAGAUUCAGCGCCGCCUUCAGGAGGAGUUGGAUCGUGAGCUGGGCCCCGGAGCCUCGUGCUCCCGAAUCACUUACAAGGACCGCGCUCGGUUGCCUCUGCUCAACGCCACCAUCGCGGAGGUGCUGCGCCUGCGGCCGGUCGUGCCCCUGGCCUUGCCUCACCGCACCACGCGGCCUAGCAGCAUCUUCGGCUACGACAUCCCUGAGGGCAUGGUCGUUAUCCCCAACCUCCAAGGUGCCCACCUGGACGAGACCGUCUGGGAGCAGCCGCACGAGUUUCGGCCGGACCGCUUCCUGGAGCCGGGCGCGAACCCCAGCGCGCUGGCGUUUGGCUGCGGGGCGCGCGUGUGCCUGGGCGAGUCGCUGGCGCGCCUGGAGCUCUUCGUGGUGCUCCUGCGACUGCUGCAGGCCUUCACGCUGCUGCCGCCGCCCGUGGGCGCCCUGCCGUCGCUGCAGCCGGAUCCCUACUGCGGCGUCAACCUCAAGGUCCAGCCUUUCCAGGUGCGGCUGCAGCCCCGGGGGGUGGAGGACGGGGCCUGGGAGAGCGCCAGUGCCCAGUGA